AUGCUAUCAGCUUCGUCACCUAUCACAUUUCCUACUUCUCCUCCUACGGCAAAACGUGCCAAACCUCACGACCAUGGCCCUCCUAAACCGAAAGCUCGAGGUCCAUUCCUGGUCGAGGAGGACGACUCCGAUUCUGACGAUAACGAAGAAACCUCAGCUACCCGUGAAGCAAAACGUCUCAUGACCAAAGAUCCACGGGGCAAAUCUCCUGAUACAACAUUACAAGACGAACCUGUAACUCUUGAUCUUACGCACACCGAGGAAACCUCAGACACUCCCGACAUUCGAACACACGAACCCAUGCUACCGAUCCGACCACCAGUUCUCUCAAGCGCCAUCUUCAGCAGAUUUGUUCCGCAGUCGUUCACAGCAACCAAUUGCGAUGGCAAACCCAUGAUGAUCAAGGAGCGCAAGACAACCUCCGCCCCAACAUACGAGUCAAUGGUAGCUGCUCGAUCGAAAACGAAAGAAGGCCGAGCGAAACGAAGCUACUAUGGUAUCGAUAUCCACAACCUCAUAAAUGCUGCGUCUGCAGAGAUUGCGAGCCGGCAGCAAGCACCACCACCACGGCCCCAUAUACCAUUACGGUCGACUGAGUUUCUGGUCUCAACUGGAAAACGACAGAAGCGAACCCUACUGUGGACUGAAAAAUACCGAGCACGAAACUUUAUGGACUUGUGCGGUGACGAUGGUACCAACAGGCUGGUGUUGCGAUGGUUGAAGAAAUGGGACCCUGUGGUGUUCCCUGGAUCAGCAAAGUCGAGACCGACCACAAGAAGGCCAGGCGCAAAACAACAAGAAGAGGAAGAAAAGCCUCACAGAAAGAUCCUUAUGCUAACAGGGCCUCCUGGGUUGGGAAAGACAACGUUGGCACAUGUGUGUGCUAGACAAGCAGGUUAUGAAGUAAUGGAGAUCAACGCCAGCGACGACCGAAGUCGUGACGUUGUCAAAAAUCGAAUCCGCACAAGCUUGGGAACAGAAAGCGUCAAAACGGUUAGCAAUCGUAAAGAUGGAGACGGUACUCAAAAGUUGGCCAAACCUGCCUGUGUCGUGGUGGACGAAGUGGAUGGUGUUGUAUCGGGCUCGGGGGGUUCGGGUGAAGGUGGCUUUGUCAAGGCCCUGAUAGAUCUGGUACUCUUGGAUCAAAAGAAUGCAGCCGGUAAUACAUCGUCAAACAACUAUGGGAACAAGAAGAAGAAGGGCGACGACUUUCGGUUGUUGCGUCCUCUGAUCCUCAUUUGCAACGAUGUGUAUGCCCCAGCGCUGCGGCCACUUCGACAAUCUAACUUGGCUGAGAUCAUUCACGUUGGCAAACCUACCAUGGAAGCGGUGGUUGCUCGACUAAAGGCUAUUUUUGAGAAGGAAGGUAUUCCUUGUGAGAAAGACGCUGCGCGAAAGCUCUGUGAGGCAGCUUGGGGCAUGGCGAGUGGUAUUGAUGCCAAACGAGGAGCUGAGAGCACAGUGCAGGGCGAUCUUCGAGGUGUUAUGGUGGUCGGAGAAUGGGUCGCUGGACGAUUCAAAGCAUCGUCUCCAAAAGGUACAGAUCGUCUCAGUCGACAAUGGCUGGAGCGUAAUGUACUCCAAGAUCUCACCAACGGCGCUGGUGGUGCUCGUGGCUUGGGCCGUGGUAGUGUCAAAGAUAUCGUCACACGCCUCUUUCAAGAAGGAGGAGGGUUUCCAAAGCAAGCAAUGGAUCUGUCUCAAUCGAAAACACAACAUGAACAACCGAAGACCGAGCUGGGGUUUGGCGAGUACCAGAAGAAGCAUGCCAUGGAAAGACUGCGACAAAUGAUUGACACAAGCGGCGAAAUUAGCCAUAUCAUGACCGAGGUGUUUGCGGAGUAUCCAGAACGCGAAUUCAACGAUGACCUCUAUCUCACCAAACCUAACCAGGCAUACGAAUGGAUGCACUUUCAUGACACUUGUCAAUCACGCCUUUAUGCCAGUCAGGAAUGGGAACUAGCACAAUAUCUCAGCCAGCCUAUUCUAGCUUGUCAUCAUCUGUUCGCAUCUCCUAGAAGACAUUUCGCUGGCAAAGGCUACGACCGUCGCUGGGGUGGUGAUGCGGAAGAGGAUUCUGAGCCUCCGCUGCCCUUUUCUGGUCCUCGCGCUGACUAUCAAGCCUUUGAAGCAGAGCGACAGAACAGAUCUCAGCUUCAAGCUCUACAAGGUCAACUGCCACCCACACUGAUGCGUUCGUUCCGCAGCGCCGAAGACGUUGCCGCCGAGUUUCUCCCGUACCUGGCGCGUAUUGUGUCUCCAGAUGUCAAGCCUGUUAUCAUAGGUGGAAGCCAAGGCACCACGGCCAGUGUGCGCAAGGAGAGUGAGCGCAACAUGGUGAGGCGUGCCGCUUUGGUCCUCGCGGAGGUGGGUAUUGAGUUGCAGAAGGGAAGGAUUGAGACCGAUUCACUCGUUAAUCGAGCACCGGAAUAUGUCUACCGCAUGGAACCGGAUCUCGAUGUUCUGGCCACAUUCGAGUCGGGUGCAUCACUACUUCUGCCCUCCGCGGCGCCUACACGUUACGCAGUUCGGCAAGUUCUCGACCAGGAACUAAAGCGAGCGCUGGUGGAGCGAGAGGCUCUUGCUCGGCAAUCUCGCUUCCAAGCUGGCAAUCCUCUUGGGCACGCUGAGCAGCUCAACACUGACAAGCUCAUGAGUGCCAAGAAGCUUGCGUUAGAGCAAACCCCGAAGGACGCUACGCUCAUCAAACGCGACUUCUUUGGUCGAAUCAUCGAGGCGCGGCCAAUUGCUGAGAUUAUCGGGGAUACGCCACAGAAGAAAGCCCUGAGAGAGGAUAAGGAGCGCAAAGUGUGGGUAACAUACCAUGAAGGGUUGAAUAAUGCUGUGAAGAAGCCAAUGUCGAUGCAAGAGUUCAUGAAGGGUUUGUAA